AUGAUAGAAUUUGCUGCUCUUGGUCUCAGGUAUCCGAAUACAGUUAUGAGUUCGAAGGUGAAGGUAUUAUUAUUCCCUUGGGAUGCUGAAUCUGCAAUCCAUCGACGGUCGCUGUAUAACCAGAGAGUACAAUGCAAUUGGGACCAUGAAAAAGUCGAAAAAGAAUGGAGGGAGCAACAAAUUAAGGGUGAGAAAUGCAUGUACUGGAUUGUCCGUCAGUCAGACUUGGGUAAUGUGAAAACACCCAAUGUGAAAAAGGAAGUGCUUUAUGAUACGGCACGAUCAGUCAACGGGAUGACACGCGGUGCAUCACAGGUGGCGUUUGUCCCAAUCGGUCACAUCUCUUUGGAUCCCUGGAACAAAGAUGCAGAAAGACUUGGUAUAGACCUACCUUCUGAAGGGGUGUUUUGGAUUAAGAGCUUUUUCAUUUUGCAGUCACUUCAAGGUGGAGGGAUCGGACGUGCAGCUAUGGACGCAGUGGAAGAUAUGGCAGCUCGAGAGCCACUAUGGGCCCAGACUCUCAUGCUUGACACAGUUACAAAAACACACCAAACUCGAGAAGAUUUUGCUUUGUCUACAUACGGCAGCAUCCCAAAGAUCACAAAUGAAGCUUGGUAUAGUCGUCGUGGAUAUGAGCCUGUCAUAACUGUGCCGAACUACUAUGACGUAUGGGAUGGAAAUGGAAACAGAUGGGAUAUAGAAAUUGUUUUUAUGAGGAAAGAUAUUUAA